ACAAUAUUUUUUUAAUAAAAAAAAUCAAGUGUUGUUUUAAAAUUUAAAAAUGAACAGUAAAAAAACUGGAAUGCGUUGCUCUGUGCAAUUUUGCAAAAGUAAAGCAUGUAGUAUGAAUAUUAGUUUUUUCCAAUAUCCAAAAGACGAUCGUCUUCCACUAUAGAUAAAAAACUGUAAUACAGAACAUCUGACUGAAACUAUUAAAAAAAAAUAGUUAUAAAGUAUGUGACAAUCACUUUGUAGACUCAAUGUUUUUAAACUCUACAACAAAAAACCGACUAGUUUUCAAUGCUAUUCCAACAGUUUUUAAUGAUAAAUGAAAUAAUGCAUGAACGAGUAAAAUUGGCUCAUUUACAAUCAAAAACACAUCAAGAUCCACAAUAUGUUGAUGAUAGUUUAAAAGAACAAAGUAACAGUUCAAUUCAAGGGACUGAAGACUUAUCAAUUCAUGUUGGUGGAUCCAUGAAUAUUUCUGAUUUUUCAAAUGAAUCUUGUACCUCAAUCAGUAGUUGUGAUUCUUCAAGCCAAACACCUGGAUACUUAUUGGCAAAUACACCAAGAAAACAAAAACUAGUUGCAGAAGUUAAAUCUGGAAAAACAGAAAUCAAAAAUUUAAAGAAGACUAUAGUAAGUUUAACUCAACAGUUAUCAGACAAUGAUACAGUUGAAAAUUAUUUAAGAUUAAGUGAAAAAUAUUUAUCACCUGGAUUAUUUACUAUAGUAAAGUCACAAAUUAAUUUAAAACAAAAAAAAAGAAGGUUAUAGGUAUAAUAAUGAAAUUAA